GGAAAUGUAGGUUUUGAAUUUCUUGUUGACUCAUCCUCAACACUUCAUUACCCAUCCUUGGGUCUGUCUAAGCCAUGGGAAUCAUACAGACUCCGUGUUCUGUCAUCACCAAUGGCAACAUUACCAUCAGGUGGAGUCACCUCCCUUCCUUAUAUCAACACUGUGACACCAGUGAGUACUGAUGGUGUACCAUUGUAUACCACAAGCACUGAACCAGUCAGUUUGCCUGGGACUGGUGGCUCAGUAUCAGAAGUAAGAUGCCCAUCUGAUCCAAAGGUUAGUAAGUUUUUCUGAAUGCCAGUGUGCAACGAAAGUCAUGUCUUAAAACUUGGGGCUAGUGGAUUUUGUGAUUGGGGCUAGUGAAUUCUGUUCUUAAUUUGCCUGACAGGCAAGGGAAGAUACAUCCUCGGAGACCCAGGGGCAGAUAAAGGGGGCGAGGGAAAGUCUAAACAAUGUCUUACCAGACCAGUUCCAAACGGUCGCCGCGGUUCUGGCUUCUGAUUGGUGCCAGAAAAACUUGUGCCAUAUUUUUCCGCCCGUUUAGACUUUCCCUCGUCCCCACUAUCUGCCCCUGGGUCUCCGAGGAUGGUGAAGAUAUUUGGUGAAAUUGAAAUUAAAAGAUGCUGAGGUAGAUUAUUCAAUCAGUGACAGGGGAGGCUUGAAAGAAGAAACUCAGUACUCCCAUUAGGAGUGGAACCUAUGACCUUGUGGUUAUUAGUUCCGAUGCUCUACUACUAAGCUACAUGAGACUCUUGUGAGCUAAGGCUACUAAUUAUAAACCAGGUUCAUGUGACAAACAUUCCAUACUGCGUGGACUAGAAUGUUGAUAUGUGAUAGAAAUGUGAUGGCGAAUUUGAGGCCUGGUAUAUAUGGUACAGGUCAAAAUUAAAUUCAGGUAAAAGGUUGAUUCUCAAUUUUCCUUGUCUCCUAACCCUAAUUAUUCAUGCAUUAGGGCUAGGAGACAAAGAAAACUGAGAACCAACCUGGGUGAAAAUUUUAUCCUGAAUUUAAUUUUGACCUAGUUGUAACAAAUAUACAGUCAAGAGGUGUUUAUUUACUAAGUCACACAGGCAGCUCUGAAAAAAAAUCUGAGUGCUCCCAAGGAGCAAGGAGUGGAAACUAUGAUCUUCUGGUUACUAGACCAUGCUCGAUAAGGCCAUUAAACUAGGUUCUCCCACAAGUCUUCUUUACUCUGUGGCAGGAUUUGCUUAUUGUAGUGUGGUUGUUUUUCAGGCUAAUGUUAUGCCGCACCCUCCUCUGAGAUCUCGCCCAACAAGUGCUGGUGCUACCAGGACUCGACCCAGCUCUGCUGGCAGAGAAAGGAUACCUGGUCCUCCUGUUGCUAGAGGUAACUAUCAUCAUUAUUAUCAUCCAGCCUUUUCAGUUGGGAUGCUGUGAAUAAUGAUCUUAUUCCAUGCAUUCCCCUCUGACAUCGUGCUCGCAAGGUCUUCCCUGUUAAUUCCGGAAUUUCUUAAGAUCAUAUUGGUGAAUGAACACAGCCACUUAAUUGGUUUCUGUAGAAGAAGGGAUUGAAUAAUUGCCCCCUGCUAAAACUAUAAUAUACAAUAUUAUAUGAUAGUGCAAAAUACAGGAGGAAGGAGUAACUAAGAAAAUGUUUAAGUGAAGUUGGGCAGCCAAAGAAGAAUAUUACAUUUCCGUUAGCAAGAAGUUUAAGGAGAUUAGUCCAAAAGUAAGAAAGGAGAGGAAAUAGGGUUUUCAGGAGUCGAAUGUUCACCAAAAACGGUACACUGCCCUGUAUACUAUUUAGGAAUAGACUAAUCAAUUUAGUCAUUUUUGAUUGAAAAUGAAUUUCUGAAUAUGACUGGACUAGUCUGGCCAGUCUGCAGUUCUGCUAGAGUUAAAGUUACAAAGAUUUGUUUAUUUUGGUUGCUUAUUUGCUUUAUUUGCAAUGGGUUUUCAUGGUUUUAUUUAAGAUCAUUUUUAAAAUGAAAUCCUUGCAGCAAUUUUUUGGUAGCUUUUACUACACUGACUUAACCAUAUGAAUGUGAGAAUUUUAACAAAAAGACAUAGCAUGGAAUAAGGACAAUUACCUGUAUGCAGUAGUAGUAGUAGUGGUAGUAGUAGUCCCCAGAGAUUGAAAUCAAACUUCUUAUGUUUCUUUAAAAUUGCAUGCCAACAUUAAGGGCACUGCAAAAUCUCUGUGUUACUUUCCUCUAAAGUAUUCAUAGGUGGGAGAGGACUGGGGUUAGGUUAGGGAGCCCAAAAGGAUAGGUAGCACGAGGGAUAUUAGUCAGGGGGGUAGGGAGCCCAGAAGGAUAGACUGCAGGAGGGAUAUGAGUGGGGGGAGUUCUAAAAGUGCUGGAAGUCAGAGCUUGCGUGUAAUAUUUUGCAAUUGAAAAAAGUCUAAAGGGAGGAAACCCCGGGGAUGGUACUCCCUUUUAGAAGCCAUAUAGAUAUGUACUGCCUCAAAGGGUAGGGUUAUUGGGCCGUUUCAGUCUCAACUAAAAAAGGGUAUAGACUUUGCACAUUUUGGUCUGGAACCAGGAAUGGUUUUCAAGGGAACUACGGGAGUGUAUAAACGUAUUUGUCAUUUUAAUUCCAAAUGAACAAGAAAGCAGGAUAACACGCUAAUUUAAAAUGGAUUUUAAACAAAUGUAAGUAAUUUUAGGUCUGAAAACAGGUGUGGAUAAUGAAAGUUUUUGUCUGAAAUAAGAUCAGGAUUUUUAGAACCGGGUGGCACAUCCCCACCAAGAUUUCCCAGAAAUACCCAACUGGGGGAGGAAGGCAAGAAAAAAGGGGCAGGGCCCAGUAAUGCAAGGUAUGGGAGGUAGGAAGUUUAGCACCCCCUCCUGUCCCCCCUGAUAAUAAUGCUGAGACUUUCAUGUCAAUUGUCUCCUGAAUUUACAGGUGGAUGGAUUAAUGGUCCAGUGCAGACAACAGGGGAGCAAAGCAUUCAAGAUCUGGUAAGCUUCUUUGAGCUACAGUGAAAUUUGUUGUCUCAAAACCGUCUAGGGGGGUUGAUGGUAUGUAAGCUGGGGAGCCAAGCUCGGCGGGGUGUGCUCCUUAUGAUGUCCUAUACAGGGAGGCUCCGUGUGAAAGGGGUAUCUUUUUCAGCCAUCAGGUAUAUGAAAGGGUAGGGAUUUCACUCGUUGAUGUGUAUUAAAGGGUAGAGAAAUCUGUCAUUUGGGUCUGUAAAAGGGCCCAAAAGAUCUAACAGAUGAAUUUUAUGUCUUUAUAAAGUCGACAAAACGUUCUGUUGGGGAUGCAAACUUCUAAACAAAAUUUGUGAAAGGGGUACCAUUUGUCAAUAGGGUGUAUACGAAAGGGGUACCUUUUUCGUGAAAAAUGGUAUAUAAAACGCAAGGUGUUUGACCUCGAAGUGGAGCCUCCCCGUAUAAACACUUGUUCAGUACACCCUCCCCCCCCGGAAGCAAAGUCCUUGUGUAGAGCUAUGAGGUAUUUGGAAUGGUUUUUGGGGAGGGCACGGAUGCUAUAGAAAUAUCAUGUUACCUAGUAGGCUUAUUAAUCGUUUAAAAUUGUCUCACAAAAAUCUUUGUCAUUGAUUGCUUUGUUUCAACUGCACACUGCUGGUCAGGUGAUGGUGUCAAGUAAGGACCAAAAUAAUGUUAGUAAUGUAUUUUGUAAUUGCUUCAGCUUGGUGCAUCAUGGAAGCCACAAUGCAUACUGAAUAUUUUUCAGGACAAAGGCUUAGCACGGACCCUUUUUUGACCUUGAAAUUUAUCCUUUUUUACAUCGUAUACGGUUCUCAAUUUUAGUGUAAAAAAUUGAAUCAAUUUUGUCGGCUUACUUUUCCGACUAAAUACCCUCAGAAAUUGUUGUGUCAAAACUUUCCAAAUCUUAUCCUUAUCUUGCCUAUCUUGUGUCACAGUUUGUUUUGUUUUUGUUUUUAUUUUAUUUUCUCCAGGAGGAGCGUCUGUUACGCAUGGGUGAUGAACUGAGCCGACUAGCUUCAUACGAAGCAGAGUGUCAUCGUAAAGAUGGCGUCAUUGCAGCUCUGAGAGAUGAGGUUGUAGAUCUGAAAGGAGCUCUGCAGUCGAGUGGCAGUUUCAGGUACAUUUGCUCUUGUUAGUGUCCACUUAAGAUAGUGGUUAGCUUGUUCCAGGCUCCGAGAUGGCCGGGUCCGUGAGAAAACGCGAAUGCGAAAUUUAAACGGGAGGUAACCUCCUUUUUCCAGAUUAUGCGCUCAUAUUUUCGCGCGCCUUUCACUUACGCGUCAUCCCUGCCAUCUGAUAAUGUAGUGAUCUGAGAGCCUGGGACAGGCGAGACAGUGAGUGAUCCGCCUUCAUAAUGAAGGUUUUCCUUUAAUGAAAAACAAGCUCGUUUGCAGUUUUUAAUAAAGAUUUUAUUGCAAUUUGUUCUGAAUAACCUUUACAAAUAUGUUGAAAACGUACAUCAGAAACAAUGGUCGUGUUAUCUUGUCCGGUUGAAAGUGGUUCUUUGCAGUCAAUAAAGUAACUAACAACUGGUACAACUUGGCAAUGAAAAAGACCAAAAACAGCUAACGUUGCUUUUGUCGAAUUGGUAUCCGCAUUUGACAUGAAGCGACGCAUACCUUAACGGCACAUCUUUUGUUUCUAAUUCUGGUGUGUUGUUCUAGUCAACAAUAAAGUGACUGGUUUUGAACAAAAUACAAAUUGCCUUUUGGAGUCCAUUUUUAAACAUGCUUUACUUAUAUUGAAACGCGGUUUCUAUUCUAACAGGAGACACUAUUCCUACCACACUGACUACUGCCUGUGUACGGUCGGUCGCUAGAUUCCAGAAUUAUUCUCUUUUGAUUUGAGCCAUGAUUCGGCAAAAAAUGGUUAAUUCUGAGGUCACUAACAAAGCAACAUGAAACUUGUCAGUCCUGAAAUUGCAUGUAGAAAUGCUGCAAGGGACUCUUUAAUGAAAAUGAAUCGGGUAAUUGCUGUCUCGCUUAGGGUUGGAAAUUGCAGAUUUUCAGCUUUCACGUAAGGUGCGAAAGAAGGAAAGAAUGACAUUUAAUAUUCAUUCUUGUAAAGGUGUCGCUCAGGUUGGUGAGCAAAGAAACUCCUGCAUACAAAAUCUAAAACUCCGUCAGACUGUGUUGGAUCGAGUAUGGUCUUCUUUAGGGAUCCAACAAUGCAUAAGCCAUUUUAAAGGAGCUGUACCACAAAAUUUAUGAAAAUUCAAACAGUAAGAAAUGCCACCAAAGUAGAAGAUACAAGUAACAAGGCAAAUGUAAAAGAAGGCUCGGAUGGACAAAGUUUAAGAAGAUUGAAACGGAUUGCAAUUCUGGGUUUUUAAAACUAAUUAGCCUGACAGUUAUUUAAAGUUGUUUGCAACGUUUGAUAUAAUGCUUAGAAGGCAUAAUGUUUGACAAGAAAUUGUAAGUUUGUCAUUUACAAGUGAUUUCUUUGCUAAAGUUAAGUUUCGUAGCGCAUUAACACAAUGAACUAGAGCCUCCUCUCCUACAAAACCCAGUGAAAAAAAAAACAAAACAACAACUCGUCAGGUUUAUCAAACUUUUUGGUACGUUUGUAGCCGCCCACGGCUUACUGCACGACAACAACGUGGCAUUCUCUAAUGCAACGUUUUAUGGGGUGUUAACCCGUAAGCUGAACAUUCGUUAAGGAAUUCUACUCUUGGUAAAGUCACCUGCAUUUGACAUAUUGAACAAUUUGGAAAAAUCCGAUGACAAUUCGAUGUUUGAAAGGAUGCGAAAUUCGUCUUAUUGGUAACUCUUUGCUACUGUCGCCUUUGUGAUUGCUAAGCGAUUGCAAAGCCGCUUGUGGUCACUUUAAAGGAUCAAAAUGCUGUUUGAAAGCAUUUCACGACCAUUAUGUGAUGCUUUGUAUUUUUACUAUUAUCAGAGCUGGAGGAGAGGAUUCAGCGUUUUCUAAUGCAAGCAUAAUUCAUCAGCUUCGUGAGCAAGUAUCGCAGUUGCAAGUGAUUGUACAAGAGAAGGAAGAAAACGAGAAGGCAGCAGCGCAGAAACUAGCGAUGUACCAGAAUCAACUGCACGCCAAAAACAAUGAAGUUGCUACUUUAAAGGACCAAUUGCAGGCACAG